AUGUUUAGCGAAACUUUUUUAAGGAUGAUAUACCUUGGAUGUUUCCUGUUUCUUUGUGGGCUUACGCAUGCCAUACCAAGUUACCCUAUCUGGUGGUCCCUAGCGGUGGGCCACCAGUACUCGUCCCUGGGCUCCCAGCCCAUCCUGUGCGGCUCCAUUCCUGGCCUGGUGCCCAAGCAGCUGCGAUUCUGCCGGAACUAUGUGGAGAUCAUGCCCAGUGUGGCAGAAGGGGUGAAGAUCGGCAUCCAGGAGUGCCAGCACCAAUUCAGGGGCCGCCGCUGGAACUGUACCACCAUCAACGACAAGGCCAUCUUCGGACCAGUGCUGGACAAAGCCACGCGUGAGUCAGCAUUCGUUCAUGCCAUCGCAUCAGCUGGUGUGGCGUUCGCCGUGACACGGUCCUGUGCUGAGGGUUCGGCCACCAUCUGUGGUUGCGACACGCGCCACAAGGGUCCGCCCGGCGAGGGCUGGAAGUGGGGCGGCUGCAGCGAGGAUGUGGAGUUCGGCAGUAUGGUGUCCCGGGAGUUUGCAGACGCUCGUGAGAACCGGCCCGAUGCGCGCUCCGCCAUGAACCGCCACAACAACGAGGCGGGUCGAACAUCUCUGAAUGACAACAUGUUUCUGAAGUGUAAGUGCCACGGCCUGUCCGGCAGCUGUGAGGUGAAGACAUGCUGGUGGUCCCAGCCUGACUUCAGAGUGAUUGGAGACUACAUGAAGGACAAGUAUGACAGUGCUUCAGAGAUGGUGGUGGAGAAGCACAAGGAGUCCCGUGGCUGGGUGGAGACGUUGAGAAGCAAGUACAACUUCUUCAAACCACCCACGGAGCGAGACCUGGUCUACUACGAGAGCUCGCCCAACUUCUGCGAACCCAACCCAGAAACAGGCUCGUUCGGGACACGCGAUCGCACCUGUAACUUGACGUCGCACGGCAUCGACGGCUGCGACCUGCUGUGUUGCGGCCGGGGACACAACACCCAGGCGGAGAAACGGAAGGAGAAGUGCCACUGUAUCUUCCACUGGUGCUGCUACGUCAGCUGCCAAGAGUGUGUUCGAGUCUACGAUGUCCACACCUGCAAAUAGAUAGGGCCUCUGGCACCACUCUUUCUGCACCUCACCCCAAUUUUUUUUUUUUUUAAGACUUCAACAUAUAAAACAAGAAGCUACUGUAUGAGUCGGGCUCAGAGAACUUGAGAGGCUUUGAUUUGACUUUGAUCAAGCAUUAACCGGCUAUAGUACAGUCAGCUAAUAGGCAAAAAAAUAUAUAGCCGCCUGUCAUGCG